CUUCGGUGCUUGUUCUCUUUUGUGGAGCUAAGGCUAAAUCAGCGACUUGCACCAUUAUUAUCAUCCCAUCCAGCUUAAGUGUAGAUUAUAUACGUGUUAAACAUGUCUACCAAAUCUGAACUCGCUUGCGUUUAUGCAAUAUUAAUUCUUGUUGACGAUGACGUCGCUGUAACUGGUGAAAAAAUCCAAACAAUUUUAAAAGCUGCCAAUGUAGAUGUGGAAUCUUACUGGCCUGGAUAUUUUGCUAGAGCAUUAGAAGGAAUUAAUAUAAAAGAAGUUCUAACAGACAUUCGAUCAGGAGUUGGCAGUGCACCAGUAGCAGCUCCAGCAGUUACAGCAGCUGCUACUACUGAAGCUGCACCAGCUAAGGAAGAAAAGAAGAAAGAAGAACCAGAAGAAGAAUCUGACGAUGACAUGGGCUUUGGAUUGUUUGAUUAACUUCAAGGAUCACAAUUUAUUGGUCCAUUUAUCUGUUUGUGCAGUUAUUUUGUACAAUGAAUAAAACAUUUUUCAACUACUCAAUUGUAUACACCUUUUUGUUAGAAGUUACAGAAA